AUGGCGUUUCUCGCAAAUCUGCGCAUCGUUCAUCGCGACCUCGCCGCCAAGAACGUGCUGAUGACGGCGGAGAAGAUGGCAAAGGUCAGCGGUUUCGCCGAAAGCCGACCCGAGGACGACCACGACUACAUGCGCAACCUGCGGCACAAUCGAGCAAAACUCAGAUGGUCAGCACCGGAAGCUGUCUCUGAUGGGAGAUUCUCCGAGAAGUCUGACGUAUGGUCAUUCGGAGUCCUCCUCUGGGAGAUGCACACGUUUGGCGAGACGCCUUUCGAGAAGAUCCCACUCGAAAGAUUUCCCGAUUAUUUGAAUAGUGGCCAGACGCUGGUCCCACCUGAAUCCACCCCGCAUUGGAUGGUCGAAUUGAUGCAUAGCUGCUGGCGACUGAAGCCAAAACUUCGCCCAACUUUUUGCCACGUUGCAAAUUGGGGUGUUAUGCAAACUACGCGCCAGGAAAACUGGGCAUCAUCAGCCCUCAGAUGGGCCAUCUGCACGCUCGUCUUCUGCGUGGCUGCUCUCGGGGGGUGUGGCAAGAAAAAGAAGAAAGAGGAAUACCCCGGGGAAGAGCUGAUCUACUUUGGUAACGACGCCGCGGUGAGAGAGGUGAAAAACUAUGUGGAUCCGGCGCUUCUUGAAAGAAUGUCGCCGUCGCGGAAGAUAGAGAAGACCCAGGAGAGUGAGAAGCGGAAAGCGGAAAGCGAAAAAAAGGAGAAGGAGAAGGAGAAAAAGGAGGAGAGCGAGAAAAAGAAGGAUGAUCCGGAAAAGAAAAGCCGCAAGGAAAAGAAGGAGGACGAAGAGAAGAAGAGCGAGAAGAAGCCGAAGGAGCAGGAGGAGAAGGAGGGUCCAAAAGAGAAAGAGAAGAGCACGAAAAAAAAGGAGGAGGAUGAAAAGAAGAGUGAAAAGAAGAAGGAGAGCGAGAAAAACAAAGAGAAGAGCACGAAGAAUGAGAAGAAGAGUGAGAAGAAGGUGGCUGCAGAGAAGAAGGAAGCCAGCAAGAAGGAGAAGAAAGACGAGGAAAAGAAGGAGAGCGAAAAGAAGGAGAGCGAGAAGGAGAAAGCUGACGUGAAAGAAGAGAAGAAAGAAGAGCCAAGAACUGAAGACAAAAAAGACGAGAAGCUGAAGGCAAAGCCAAAAGCGGAAGACGUGAAAAAAGAAGACGAGAAGAAGGAGGGAGAAAAGAAGGAGGAGACGGAGAAGAAAGAUGGGGAAAAGAAGGAGGGAGAAAAGAAAAAGGAAGAGGCUGAGAAGAAAGAGGAGGAAAAGAAGGAGGAGCCGAAAGCAGAGGAGAACAAGGAGCAAGAGAAGAAGCCGGAGGCGGCCGAGGCUCCGCCUCCAACGGCU